ACAAUAAUAGAUUUUAAUAAUAACUCUACGCAUUAUAAAGACAAAUAUACAAAAAUACGUUAUGCAAGUGAACAUAAUAGUGCAAUAGAAACAUGAACAAGAUAAAAUUUUAUACGUUAUUAGAAAACAAAGCAAAUGUUGCCUAAUGUAAUCAUCAGAGCAAUAACAGUCUUAACAUGCGGACUUACGUCCUACAUUUCAAUGUCGCCGUCCUCUCGAGAGGACCCGCUGGUGUUUAUUGCGAAUCCCGUCGAGGCGAUGAUGCCAGGACACUGGAUACCAGCAAGCGUUGUCAAGGCAAUACUUGGAGGGACUGAAAGUACAAAGACAAUUGUGAAAUUACGACAAACUAUCACUCGUAAACUAACAACAACUACUACUACCACAACAACUACAACUACACCAAAGCCAACUACUACAGUAGCAACAACACUACCGCCAACAACAACCACAACUACUACCACUGUACCGCCGCCCACCGACGCACCUACAACAACUCCGGAAACAACAACAACUACGACAACUUUGCCUACUACUACGACUACACCAACACCAACGACUACUCCAACAACAACUACCACACCGACAACAACAACACCAACAACAACAACCCCAACAACAACCACACCAACAACAACUACACCAACAACAACUACACCAACAACAACUACACCAACAACAACUACACCAACAACAACAACCCCAACAACAACUACACCAACAACAACAACAACAACACCAACGACUACUACGACGCCGACAACUACCACCCCAACGACGACUACACCAACAACAACAACCACAACAACAACGACGACUACAACAACAACAACCACGACAACAACAACAACUCCAAAACCGAGACCAAAUCGUAAACCAAAACGUGUCACCGAUGGUCAUGAUAAUUUAACGUAAAUUUAUAUUAAAAGCAUUGGUAUAUUUUGUAA